AUGGUCUUUUAUCCGCCAACGUGGGCUUCUAAGCUGCCAAUUGAUCCUCCCGAUACUAUUCCUAUUUGCGACUUUGUCCUCGACGAGCGGUAUGGCAGACUCCCUUUCAAUAGAUCGCUCGAUCCGUAUACCUGCGGUGUCUCAGGCAAAUCAUACACAGCUGGAGAGCAGAAACAGAGAACAGAAUCACUGGCGCGCGGAUUGGCGAAAGAGCUUGGAUGGAAUGUUAACCAAGGCACGGAGUUCGACAAGGUUGCGGGGGUUUUUGCGUUCAAUACGAUUGAUAUUAUGACAUUGAAUUGGGCAAUACAUAGAUUGAAUGGCAUUUCGUCUCCGGCCAAUGCUGCGUACUCUGUGGAGGAACUGAUGCACCAAUUGAAGGACUGUGGAGCCACAGCACUAUUCACCUGCCUGCCUCUACUACCAGUGGCCCUGGAUGCCGCAUCAAAAGCUGGAAUACCCAAGAAACGUAUAUACAUAUGUGAGCUCCCAGAACAAGCUCAAGGCGGACUCAAGGCGGACGAUGAGUUCAAGACCUUGGGCCAAUUGAUAAAGGAUGGUUCAUCCUUACCAGCGCUCGAGCCGAUCAAGUGGGGAGCAGGGCAAGGAGCAAGACAAACCGCCUUCCUCUGCUACUCGAGUGGCACUUCUGGUUUACCGAAAGGGGUGAUGAUAUCCCACAGAAAUGUGAUAGCCAACACGCUUCAGAUCUACAACUAUGAUAAGCCAGCUCGAGACUCCAUACGCAAGGACUACCAGGAUGUGGCAUUAGGUCUUCUCCCUCAGUCACAUAUCUAUGCUCUUGUCGUCAUCAGUCACUGUUCCACAUACCGUGGUGACCAAGUCGUGGUGCUACCCAAGUUCGACAUACAACAGUAUCUCAAUAGUAUUGCCACCUACAAGAUCAAUACACUUUACAUCGUUCCUCCUAUCAUGAUUGCUAUGGCCAAAAACAAACCCAUUCUCGACAGGUUUAACCUAAGCUCCGUACGAACUAUAUUCACGGGCGCAGCACCUCUGGGGGCGGAGGUGGCUCACUUGUUGCAGAAGCAAUAUCCCAAAUGGGUGAUUCGACAGGGUUAUGGGCUAACGGAGACGUGCACCGUGGUUUCCUCCACAAGUCCGGAUGAUGUGUGGUUUGGCAGCUCCGGCUCCAUACUGUGUGGCAUUGAAUGUAGGCUAGUGACACUUGGGGGCGAAGAAGUUACUGGUUACGAUCAACCAGGUGAGCUGCUGGUCAAAUCACCGAGCGUGGUUUUGGGGUAUCUCAAGAAUGAACAAGCAACCAAAGAGACAUUUGUCGAGGAUGGCCAAGGUGGACGAUGGAUGAGGACAGGCGAUGAAGCUGUAGUCAAGCAGAGCCCAAAGGGCCAUGAACAUAUCUGGAUCGUGGACAGGAUCAAGGAAUUGAUCAAAGUGAACGGACUACAAGUCGCACCCGCUGAACUCGAAGCACAUCUGCUCACGCAUCCGGCGGUGGCUGACUGUGCAGUAAUCGCAACACCAGAUGAGGCAGCCGGCGAGGUCCCCAAGGCUUAUGUGGUCAAGUCGCAAUUGGUGGGUCUGGAAGAGAACGACCGAAUGGUAAUGCGUGAUAUUCAGAAGCAUGUCGAGAACACCAAGGCACGCCAUAAGUGGCUCAAAGGUGGAGUUGAGUUCAUUGACAUGAUACCAAAGAGUCCCAGUGGCAAGAUUCUGCGGAGAUUAUUAAGAGAUAAAGACAGAGAGUCGAGGAGACAGAAAGGCGCGAAGCUCUAA